AUGGAAUUUUUAGAGUACAACGAUGUUUCUGCGGAGAUUAAAGGAGCUAUGGUUCCCGGCAGAUUAAAAAUGACAGAUCAGAGUAUAGUGUUCAAAAACAGCAAAACCGGCAAAGUGGAACAGAUAUCGUCAAAUGAUAUAGAACUCGUUAACUUCCAAAAGUUCAUAGGAUCCUGGGGUCUCCGAAUAUUCUUAAAAAAUGGCACACUACACAGAUACGGUGGAUUUAAGGAAGGAGAACAAGAGAAAGUUGCCAAAUUCUUUAAAAGCAACUAUCACAAGGAUAUGUUAGAAAAGGAAUUAUCACUCAAGGGUUGGAACUGGGGUACAGCUAAGUUCAACGGAGCAGUCUUGAGUUUUAAUGUAGGCUCAAACACUGCCUUUGAAAUACCCUUACACAAUGUGUCACAAUGUAACACGGGCAAGAAUGAGGUUACACUUGAAUUUCAUCAGAACGAUGACACUCCAGUAUCAUUAAUGGAGAUGCGUUUCCACAUACCCACGAGUGAGCUGGCGGGCGAUAUGGACGCAGUAGACGCCUUCCAUCAGCAGGUCAUGAACAAGGCCAGCGUUAUAUCCGUUUCCGGCGACGCCAUUGCUAUAUUCAGGGAACUACAGUGUCUCACGCCUCGUGGUCGCUAUGACAUCAAAGUGUUUCAAACGUUCUUCCAACUCCACGGUAAGACGUUUGAUUACAAAAUACCAAUGUCGACUGUACUACGUCUCUUCUUACUGCCUCAUAAGGACACGAGGCAGAUGUUCUUCGUGGUGUCCCUCGACCCACCUAUCAAACAAGGACAAACUAGAUACCACUAUCUGGUGUUACUCUUCGGUAUAGAGGAAGAAACCAGCCUGGAACUGCCAUUCACUGAGGAGGAUCUGAAGGAGAAAUACGAAGGGAAGAUCACUAAGGAGUUGUCGGGACCGACUUAUGAAGUGCUGGCAAAAAUUAUGAAAGUAAUUAUUAAUAGACGAGUCACAGGUCCCGGAGAUUUCUUGGGACAUCACAAGACGCCAGCUAUCGCCUGCUCAUACAAGGCCGCGGCUGGCUACUUGUACCCACUCGAGAAGGGUUUCAUUUACGUACACAAGCCACCCGUACAUAUACGGUUUGAAGAAAUAGCCUCCGUUAACUUCGCCAGAGGAGGUGCUUCAUCCACUAAAUCAUUUGAUUUCGAAAUAGAAUUGAAGUCAGGCAGCGUUCAUACAUUCAGCAGUAUUGAGAAAGGGGAAUACGAUAAGCUCUUUGACUAUAUCACCUCCAAGAAGCUACACGUCAAGAACACCGGCAAAAAUGACAAGGCUCUAUAUGAUGACGACUUCGGCGAUUCAGACACAGAGAAGGAGCCGGACGCGUACCUCGCGAGGGUGAAGGCGGAGGCCGAGGAGAGGGACGUGGACGACUCUGAUGAGAGUACAGACGAGGACUUCAACCCCGACAAGGCCAAGGAGAGCGACGUGGCCGAGGAGUAUGACACCAACCCAUCGUCCUCCGAAGACUCGGAUGCUUCAGGUGGUUCAGGGGACAGCAAAAAGGAAAAGAAAAAAGAAAAGAAACCAAAGAAAACCAUCACUAUUUCAGAACAGCCAAGGAAACGUAAAGAAAAAUCAAAGAAACGUGAGAAAGACGUGAACGCGCCUAAGAGACCUGCUACGGCGUUCAUGUUGUGGCUCAGUGAACAUAGGAAAGGCAUUAUAGAGGAUAACCCCGGGAUUAAAGUUACUGAGAUAGCCAAGAAGGGAGGAGAACUGUGGAGGGAUUUGAAGGAUAAGACGGAAUGGGAAGAAAAAGCAAACAAGGCUAAAGAAGAAUAUAAUCAAGCUAUGAAGAAGUACAAAGACAGUGGAGCGGCUGAUGAAUUCAAACAGAAGAAGAAACAAGCGGAGAAAGAUAAGAAGGCUGCUGAGAAGAAGUCCAAGCCAUCAAGUAAACCCAAACAGAGCAAGAACACUAGUGCUGGCUCGGGAUCUGGGAAGUUUACGAGCAAGGAAUAUGUGGAGGAUGAUGAUAGCUCAUCCGACUCGGAUAAGGAAAAGAAAGAUAAAAAAGAUUCCAAAGAUAGUAAGGAAUCUAAGAAGAGCAAGGCCAAGUCUUCAUCAUCAGAAGCGGAGUCGUCCGGCUCUGGCGACGAAAGCGGAAGCGGGAGCGGGAGCGAUUAA